UCACUUAGUACAAGCUGCAGCUGUACUCAGAGGUUCAAUGUUUUUCAUUUUUCUGACAUAGUAGGACCAACAUGGCUGGGUUCAGAUUACCAGUGCUGCUAACUAUAGUCAUACUCACUUUUAGGAGCUUGGAAGGGACAAGCCAGCCUGGAUCAUGUAGGCUUGUGUGUGACCCUUUCCAAGGCCAGAGUGGAACACAUGAGCUGGGGGCUAAUGGUCUGGUCAUUCCUCUGUCUUCUUCUGGACAGGGUCCUGUGGGUCCUGCAGGGCCACCAGGAAAAGCAGGACCUCCUGGCCUGCCUGGUCCCAAAGGAAUGGGAUGUUUAAAAAAAGAAACAGUAGCCUUUUAUGCAGCACUGAAGGAAGACUUUGGGAAAGAAGACAUUCUGAAGUUCAGUACGGUGAUGACAAACUUAGGUGGCCGCUACGAUGCCUCUACUGGAACGUUCACCUGCAAUGUAGCUGGUGUUUACUACUUCAGUUACCAUAUAGUGAAGAACGGACUUAGCCUCAGAGCCGACCUGACGCUCAACGAUCACCAGAUUGUGGCGAGUGCAGUGGCAGUAGACGCACUUCAUACUGACACGGCCAGUAACAGUGCAGUGUUGGAACUGAAAGAUGGCGAUCGGGUGUAUGUGCGUCUGAACAAGAGUCACAGCACGUUUAAAGACACGCAGAACCUCUUCAGCACCUUUUCAGGCCACUUGCUGUAUGUGCUGUAAGACCCAUGAUGUUACAGCUUCACCUGUACCAGCUUGAUCUAUGAAUCUGAAGCACAUUCCACGCCUGUGCACAAUUACCUCUGCUUUUGUGCCAAGAAGAAUUCUAUUAACGGCUUUUUUUUUCAAUCAAUAAAAGGAAAGUUCUGUUAUCACA